AAUAUAUCCCGAGAAUCAGCUGGUCCCAGCCCCCUCUCUCACUCCCAAAGAGCACUCACAGUCCUCACAUGGCAUGACUUGUGUCCGCAGACCAUGUUCUUGCUCUAGCCCUAGUCUCUCUUUGUUUACAAACAAACAGCAAUGAUAUCCUCCUUACAACAACUCACUAACCCUAAACCCUAUUUUCUCUACUCUCCCCUAAAGCCCCCCAAAACCCCAAAACCAUAUCAUUAUCAGAGGACCAAACCUUCCUCCCGCAACAAAAGCAGCACUAGAUCAGUCCUCCAAUACAACCGUAAGCCCCAAUUAGCCGGAGAAACCCCAAGAGUCGUCGUCAUCACCUCCGGCAAGGGCGGCGUCGGCAAGACCACCACCACCGCCAAUGUCGGCCUCUCCCUCGCCCGCCACGGCUUCUCCGUCGUCGCCAUCGACGCCGACGUCGGCCUCCGCAACCUCGAUCUCCUCCUCGGCCUCGAAAACCGAGUCAAUUACACCGUCAUCGAGGUCCUCAAUGGGGAUUGCAGGCUCGAUCAAGCCCUAGUCCGCGACAAACGCUGGUCCAACUUCGAAUUGCUCUGCAUUUCCAAACCCAGGUCCAAACUCCCUAUUGGCUUCGGCGGCAAAGCCCUAGUUUGGCUCGUUGAUGCUCUCAAAGAUCGUCAAGAAGGUUGCCCUGACUUUAUACUCAUUGAUUGUCCCGCUGGCAUUGAUGCUGGCUUCAUUACUGCCAUUACUCCGGCCAAUGAGGCGGUUUUGGUUACCACACCCGACAUCACGAGCUUGCGCGAUGCCGAUAGGGUCACGGGUUUGCUUGAAUGUGAUGGAAUUAAGGAUAUUAAAAUGAUUGUGAACAGGGUUCGGACAGAUUUGAUCAGAGGUGAAGAUAUGAUGUCAGUGCUUGAUGUUCAGGAAAUGCUGGGAUUGGCCUUGUUGGGGGUAAUUCCUGAGGAUUCUGAGGUGAUUCGGAGUACCAAUCGAGGGUUUCCACUUGUGCUAAAUAAGCCGCCUACGUUGGCCGGUUUGGCAUUUGAGCAGGCAGCAUGGAGGUUAGUUGAGCAGGAUAGCAUGCAGGCAGUGAUGGUGGAAGAGGAGCCGAAAAAGCGGGGCUUCUUCUCUUUCUUUGGAGGGUAGAAAAUUGAGCCCAUUCUGAAUUUUGUUGCGUUGAAUUGAAUUUGUGGAUUUUUUAGGUUGUGAUUUUGGAGCACAAAUAUUUGGCUUGUGUUUUUAGUAGUAGCUUUUUUCAGGGGAGAUUUAAAGCUAUGUACAGUGGGAAGGAGGAGGUAAGGUUCGUCUUUUCUUGUUUUGUUGGUUCUACUGUUUUUAUUUGAUAAGUUGAAUUCUAGUAGUGUUUGCAAUUAGAAGUGAUGUUUGCAGUUUGUGACUUUGUAUCAGCUCAAUUGUAAUUUAUGAUUCGAUAGCAGUUAUGAUUAGCAAAAGGCAUACUUUUCGUCUCCAA